AUUUUACAAUCUGGUAACACUGCAUAGUCUGCAAAUGGAAUGUAUUUUCGUGAAAUAAAUAAGUUUUACUGGCGUUUGCACACGAGAAAUAAUAACAAUCCAGUUGAUUGCAAGGCAACCAAUAGGUACGACAGUUCUAAUGUGUUGUACCCCGAAAUCCAACUUAGAAAAAUAGACUGUUGGAAGGGAACAACAAUGUGCACGAAACAAAAACAAGCAGCAACGCCAACGUCACAGCCCUUAGUACCAGGCGAUGAUGUUGACGAAGUUGGAAAAGAAGGCGAAUGUAAAGCAGUAGACUCCGCAGCAGAAAUACUGGUAGCACAGGGUGAUGAUAAGCACAUAGGAAGCACUGCUUUCCGCGAGUUCGGCCAAAACGUGGCUGGCUGCGGACUUUCCGCCGCUGCUUUCUCGCCCAUUGAAGCUACUGCCUGCGGUCUUAGCUCGAGCCGCACCUCCGUCAACUCGACUGAAAACCUUAGCUAUGCCAGUGACAAUUUUUACGGCGACGAUCUCAUUCUCAUGGACGACGGCGAUGUGGACGCAGAGGAUAUAUCGAUAAACUCCGACGACUGCGUCUACGCCUAUCGUGGGGACCGUGGUGAAUCCGACAUGAAUCUGGAGAUCAUCUCCGUGGGCAGAAGUAGGCACAGCCUAGAUUUAUGUCGACGCAUCAUAUGUGUUGACGAUGAUAACGAGUUCCUGGAAAUGGACUUCGAACCGGAUCCGUCUUCGGAGCUGGAAUUCCCUGGAAGGCCUCAAGAUAUGGGCGUCCUGCCCCAGGCUAAUUUACUGCUAAUGCAGCGCGACUAUAGUCAGAUGAGCGGGGGAACGCCUACUCAGGCCAAUCAUCUGCACAGCUCGCCAGUCGAGGAUUUUCCGCAGGAUCAUCAAAAGCAACUCCUUAGUAAAAGGUUCGCCUGCGUCAACUUAAAUCUAGACCAAAUUAAGAACGGAAGCAGUCGUGGAACUAUGGUGAACACCAACGUAAACGAUAUAAUGCAUGUUGGCGCAGAAAAGAAGGUAGAGCCCACAGGAUGUGGACAUUCGGCAAAGUCGUCUCAGUCUCACUCCCUGCCCAACACAGUGUUUACAGCCUCGAAUUUUGGGCGAAGCACUAGCGUGCCCAGAGAACAUCCAGAGCCCAAUUUGACGGGCACUAAACCUAAGCGACUCUCCCACUCCUCGUCUGUGAUGUCAAAGAGUAGCUCCGCAUAUAAGUCGCGCGGCUCGCACCUGUCGACCACUUUUGACGAACGUUGCUACAGUUGCACUGAUUUUCGGUCAUCGUCGAUGCUAUCAUGCCAGCAGCAGCAAUCAGAAUCGCGGACAAGGCAAGAUAAAUUGGCUCCCAUACUGGUGACUACUGCGGCUGUUGUGUCCAUUGUCCCGCAGUCCUCGUACUCAACCCAUUUUGACUUGGGCAAUAAUGAGGAGAACUGCCUAGACUGUCUGGAAAAGGAGUUUCUUGCCAGCACCAUCGGCAAAGUCGUCGAGCCGAGUGCGUGCCCCAGACACGCCAUUGGACGAGCCAGUAGCCUUUCCCUUUAUGCGCGGGUGGACCAGAUGCGUUGUCGGAGCGGGUCGCAAGGAUUCUUUGAAGGGAGUAUGUUCGCCGGUUGGCUUAGUUCAUCAGCAACCGAAAUCGCUACCGGACCAAGUUUUGGUUUACCCUAUAACUCAAAAUUAAUUACGUGCGACAAUGAUUUAAACGGUGUGCAGCUAUUCAACCAAAACUAUCGGACUAAACCGCUGAUGGCUAUUUUGUCUACGGGAGAAAUGUGUAACGAGGAGAACCUAGUGCAGGCUCUAAACAAAUUACACGUGACCUAUGAUAGUGAACUACUGCACGACUAUUUUAAACAAUUGAACUUGCGACCACAUGCUUAUUGCAAUUUUAAUCUUAAGGAGCUCUUUAUUCACAUCUCAAAGCGGCAGGGAAGUCACCGCAAACUCAAGCGACUAAUCGAAAUGGUGACUCAGCAACAGCUCAAAGUGCAAUUUAUACGGAAAGUCGAAGCUAAAUCUGAAUUGGUUCCCAUUAAAGUAGCAGACAUACUUAAUGCCUGGGCACGCUACCGCGAUUUGUCAGUGCUGCAAGAAUUAGAUGAACGCUUUCAUUAUGCAAAUGUUUUGGGAAAGGUUGGCCACCUUGUACGUCAGGCAGCUGAAGCUGCAACGACAUCGACCCAGGCAGCGUCGUCAUCCUCAUGCAAACACGACCUGCCUGAAUUUUUAUUGAUCCCGCAGUAUUACGAGUGUGGCGACCUGACUUUAACCAGAAAAUGUUAAGCUAGGCUCUCACAAACAUCUAUUUAUUUUCACUCAAUCUCAUUUAAUACAAAUAUCCCCGCAAACAUAUAUUCAGUGAGAUAAGAUAUAUUCUGGAUAUAAAGGGGGCAUAUGUAUGGCUAAAAUCUCCGGCAUCGGUCGGGUUAACUGCGAUCACUUCACCUAAAGAACAUUAAAUGGAACUAAAGAAAGUAAAUUUUAAUUAGGCGUUAUUUCAACUCAAAACAAAAAGGUAACAAAAUUUUCGUUAAAUUUUGAGCAAAAAGGAAGGUGAAAUUGUAAAAUUAAAUAUCUUUAUUUAUUCUUCUGAAUUAAUUUUUUUACCCUUCAAGGUAACCCCUCCCGAUAAAAUAUAAGUGUACGAUUUUUCGAUUCCUUAAAAAAUGCCAAAUAUUCCCUUUCCGGGAAAGGGCUUUAUCUCCUUUUAUGCUGCAAAAGUUAAUAGCACUUCUCUGCUCUGCAGAGCUAGCCAGAAAUUUUCAGCCCAUGAAGUUUAACCAGUUUAAUACACACCCAUUUUUUCACACCUAUUUCAAUGAAUAACAUUUCACAGGUAUGUAUUUACUAAAUAUGCUUUCUCCAUUAUAAUUUCAGUCGGCUACAGAGCUUACAAAACCUCAUAGGGAAGGAUAUUGAUUUAUUUUAUAUCGAAAAACGAAAAACUACGGGAGUAGCGAAGUUUUUCCGAACGCUGGGCAACGCAUCCUAAGACGGUGCUAUUAUACGGCCACGCCAACUCUUACGCCCACCAAGCUCGAAAAACGGUUUCCACUUUUUGUAGGAACGCUGAGAUCUCGGUAACUAUAAGGGAUAGGGACAAAAUUAUUCACUGUGUAAAUAUAUGCUGGCGAAAUAUGAUUAUGUUAAAAUUGGAGAAGACAGUAUUAGAAUUGAGUCACUGCAUGUGUAGCCAAGUAACAUGGCACUAUUAUCUAAGCCUAGAAGGUAAGGUAAUAUCAAUUAAGCUUAUAUUAUUUAUUUAUAAAUCUGGGAAUAGUCAA